GCAAUUUUCCGGCAGAAAAAUAAUCACGUCCUUUGUAACAAAGCCUUUAUCAAAAAAACCAGUGCCCCGGGCCAUCGCAAGUACCGCCCUCAAGAUCCGCCAUCCUUCCAGCAGCUCUGCAGAAGGGCGGGAAAUCAGGGCCCAACGUACGCCAAAAAGAGGAGAACAAAAAAACAGAAAGAAAUAUGCCAGGCCGCCAAGCGCACGGCCGCCCCCUCCUCCCCACGUCCGGAGGCGGCAGCGGCAGCGGCAGCGGCAGCAAAUUCGGCAAGUUGCACGCCAGGACCGUGAAGAAGUCUCGCGCCAAAGCCACCGCUAGAGCGCUCGACGCCUUUGCCACCGCCGCCGAGCAGAUCCCCGAGUCGACGGGCGGCGUGCGCACGCGCGGGCUCGAAGACGGGCCGCACCCCGCUGCUCAAAAGAAGCGCCAGCGGCGCGACGAGGACGGCGACGACGGAGACGGGCUGGGCUUUGACGACGGUGACGACGGCUACGGCGACGGCGACGGCGUUCACGGCGACGGCGCCGGUUCCGGGCACCCGAAGAAGAGGGCGCGGAGGGAUGCGGACGAGGAUGGCUUCGACGGGUUUUCGGAUGGUGAAGGCGGCGGCGGCGGCAGCGAUAGCGAGGAGUGGCAUGUGGGUGUGGCGGGGGAGGACGAUGAUUCGGAGCUGGAUUCGGAUGAGGCGUUUGGGGAGAGCGAUGAGGAGCACUUCCAAGGUUUUGCGUUUGGCGGGAGUCGGUCGAAGGGCAAACAGGCAAAGAAGAAGAGGAGCAGGGACGGGGACGAGGAUGACGAGCAAGACGAAGGGGAGGCCGAAGAAGAUUCAGAGUCGUUGGGCUCGGAUGCUAUCGAUCUUGCCACUGCCCUGGACCAGUUCUCCGAGGACGAAGAGGAAGGGGGGGAGGAGGAGGAGGAGGAGGGAUCAGAAGAGUCCGGCUCUGAAGACGAUGAUGAGUCGACCGAUGCCGAUGACGAGAGCGAAGAAGACGAGGACUUGGACGACCCGUCCAAAAUGGAUGCUCUGCAAAGCAUGAUCGCUGGCUUCGCCGGCGAGGACGAGGAAGAUGAAAAGCCGGCGGCGACGCAGAACAAGACCAAGCUCAGCCUCAAGGACCUCGGCCUGGCCGGCGUCAAGGACCCGCACAUGAAGCGGUCGCUCAGACUCAUGAACAAGGAAGAGAAGGCCGUCAAGCCGGGCUCUUCCAAGAAGCUCGACGUUCCCUUGGCCAAGCGCCAGCAAGACCGAUUGCUCCGCAGUGCCGCCUAUCAAAAGACCAACGAGACGCUCGAUAGGUGGAUUGAGACGGUCAAGCACAACCGACGGGCCGAUCACCUCGUCUUUCCUCUCGCCCAGAAUGCGCACGACCGCGGCCUCGAUAGCGGAGAGCUAAUGCCCAUCAACCAGAAGACGUCCGGGACGGAGCUGGAGCAGACGAUCCUGACCAUCAUGGAAGAGAGCGGGCUCGGGCCGACGGCCAAGCCGGAGAAGAAGGAGGGUGACGAGGCCAAGAAAGCGGAACUGUCGAAGGAGGAGCAGCGAGAGAUUGCUCGGCAGAGGCGCCGCGAGCGGGAGCUGCACUCGCGCGAGGUGGCUCGGGCGAAGCGCAUCAAGAAGAUCAAGAGCAAGACCUGGCGCCGCAUCCAUCGCAAAGAGCUCGCCCGCGAACAGGAGGCCGAAUUCCAGGAAAAGCUUGCGGCGGGCGAGCUGGACUCGGAGGACGAGCGCGAGGCUCUGGACCGGCGACGCGCCCUGGAACGCGUGGGCACGCGCUAUAAGGAGAGCAAGUGGGCGAAGCUCGGUAAGAAAGCCGGACGCGCGGUCUGGGACGAGAACUUCCGCGCCGGCCUCACCGAGAUGGCCCGGAGGAAGGAGGAUUUGCGGCGCCGCAUCGAAGGCCGCGGUGGCGACGGGUCCGACGAUGACGACGACGAUGGCUCUGAUGUUUCAGACGGCUCUGCAGAGGGUGACCCCCGGCGCCGUCUCCUGGCGGAGCUUGACCGUGCGGCCGCUUAUGACGAUGACGACGAGCCCCAGUCCAAGCUGUUCCAGAUGAAGUUCAUGCAGCGAGGCGAGGAGUUGCGCAAGAAGGAGAACGACGAGGCGGUGGCUGCGCUCCGUCGUGAACUCGAGUCGGACGGUGCGGCGGCUUCCGAAGAGGAAGAGGUGGAGAUUGGUCGCCGGCAGUUUGGCAUGGGCGACGCCGCAGCCGCAGCUAGAGCCGCGAGCCAACCCAAGAAAGCCAAAGCCACCGAGCUUCGUGGGCCGACCAAGCCGUCGGCGGCGGCCGCCGAGCCCAGCUCGCAGUCCCAUUCCGAACCGCAAACCUCCGCGCCGGGCGCGGCCGGUGCGUGGUCGGCCGAAUCGGCAACAUCGGCAGCCCCGGCAGCUGUCCCGUCGGCAUCCAGCGCCGCCGGGGUUUGGUCUCAGGCCGAGCCGUCUGGGGGCAAGAGCAAGAAGGGUGUCAAGGCCAAGGUGGAAGACCUCGACGUCUCCAGUGCCGCGAUUGCCAGCAUCAAGACAUCCAAGCCCCGGCCCAAGCCUCAGCCUCGGGAAGCAGCCCAGAAUGGGGUGGUUGUGCCCGCGGAUGGAGAGCAAGACUCGGACGACGAGGCCGCGCUACACCUGCCUCUGGCCAUCCGCGACCAGAAGCUGAUCGAGCGGGCGUUUGCCGGCGAGGACGUGCACGGGCAAUUCGAGGAAGAGAAAGCCGAGAUCGAGCGGGAGGACGACGAAAAGGAGAUCGACAACACGCUCCCCGGCUGGGGCAGCUGGGUGGGCGAGGGCGUGAGCAACCGGGAGAAGAAGAAACACCAGGGGCGCUUCGUCACCAAGGUCGAGGGUGUUAAGAAGAAAGACCGGAAGGAUUUCAGGUUGAAGGACGUCAUCAUCAGCGAGAAGCGGAUCCGAAAGAACGACAAGUACCUCGCCUCGCAGCUACCGCAUCCCUUUGAGACGCAGCAGCAGUAUGAGCGGUCUCUGCGGUUACCUGUCGGCCCGGAAUGGUCGACAAAGGAGACGUUCCAGGACGCCACGAAGCCCCGGGUUAUCAUCAAGCAGGGCAUCAUUGCACCCAUGUCGAAGCCCAUGUACUGAGGCGAUUAUUUACUGGGGUCUCGUGUGCGUGUUUGGCGGCAUUGCAUUAGCGUCUGGGGGGAUUAUAAAACAAAUGGGAAAAGGUUGUGCAUAGCAUCCUGUCGAGAAGUGCAGGCCACUCAGGAGAUGGGAGCAUCUUGCCAUCUUUGAUCGAUUAAACCACUCCAAGGCACACAUAUGGUAGGAGAAACUGAAAAACUGUUGAGACAUGUGUGCGACUUGAUUUCUCUCAAGGCUGUGUAACCCCGUUCUGUCUAUCGGUACCCAACCCAAAUGCCGCGCAAGACGCCAGAGACCCAGACCAUACUGCUCUUUAUCUAUCCAUGGU